AUUGCACCUUUAGUCAACUGCAGAGGACAAAAGUAGAAUAUUUCCUUUCUUGGAGCAUUAUGGAGUUUUCUGGAACAUUAGUUUUAGCAGUGCUGAUCUUUACGUUGCUGUGGCUGUUGAGACUUAAGAGUCGUAGACAGUAUUGUUUACCUCCUGGACCCCCUGCCUUCCCUAUCAUAGGAAACCUGCUGCAGCUGGACAAAAGAGCUCCAUUUAAAACUCUGCUUAAGCUCAGUGAAACCUAUGGCCCUGUGAUAACUGUGUACCUGGGCUAUAAGCGAGCUGUGGUUCUGGUGGGAUACGAUGCUGUAAAGGAAGCACUGGUGGAUCAAGGAGAUGACUUCACUGGCAGAGCACAGAUACCUCUCUUGGUCAAAGCUACCAAAGGCUAUGGUUUGGGGAUCAGUAAUGGAGAUCGCUGGCGUCAGUUGAGACGUUUCACCCUGACAACGCUAAGAGACUUUGGGAUGGGACGUAAAGGGAUGGAGGAGUGGAUCCAGGAGGAGAGCAAACACCUGAUCGCCCGCAUAAAUAGUACCAAAGCUGCACCUUUUGAUACCACAUACUUCUUGAGCAGCACCGUGUCCAACGUGAUCUGCUGCUUAGUGUUCGGUCAACGCUUCAGCUAUGACGACGAGCACUUCCUCUCCCUUCUGCAGAUCAUCUCAGAUUUGCCGCAAUUUGCCAGCAGACCCAGCGGUCAGUUGUAUAAUAUCUUCCCCUGGUUGAUGGAACUGCUGCCAGGUCAACACCAUACCUUUUUUGCCAAAGUUGAAAAGGUGAGAGGAUUCAUCAUGAAAAAGAUCCAGGAGCACCACAACACGUUGGACCCGAGCUGCCCAAGAGAUUACAUCGACUGCUUCCUCACCAAAUUAAAUCAGGAAAAGCACAUUCCCACAACAGAGUUCCACUAUGAAAACUUGGUGUCAACAGUGCUGAACCUGUUCCUGGUAGGAACAGAAACCACCAGCUCCACUCUCAGAUUUGCAAUAAAUGUUCUGGUUAGAUACCCCAAAAUACAAGAGAAAAUCCAGCAGGAGAUCGACACUGUGAUUGGACGGGAACGUUGUCCUUUCAUGGAAGACAGGAAGUCCCUUUCGUUCACAGAUGCAGUCAUUCAUGAAAUUCAGCGUUUUAUGGAUCUUGUCCCCAUGAAUGUCCCCCACCAUGCACUAGAGGACAUUUCUUUCAGGGGUUACACAAUUCCUGAGGAUACAAUAAUUAUACCUUUGUUGCACUCUGUGCUAAAAGGGGAAAAGCAUUGGGAAACUCCCUGGUCCUUCAACCCCCAGCAUUUCUUGGACCAGAAUGGCAACUUUAAGAAAAAUCCAGCAUUUCUGCCGUUCUCUGCAGGAAAGAGAUCUUGUGUGGGAGAGUCCCUCGCUCGCAUAGAGAUUUUCAUCUUCCUGGUGUCACUUCUGCAGCAGUUCACCUUUUCUUGCACCGGAGGACCCGACAGCAUAGACAUCAGUCCUGAGUACAGCAGCUUUCUUAAUGUGCCUCGCAGGUACCACGUCAUCGCCACACCACGGUGCUAACAGAUAUUUUACAGCAUAUGCCUGUGUCUUCAACCCUUAUUGCGUUUUUACGGGGUCCCAAAGAGGGCACACGUUGUCACACAAUUUCAAAAUGUAGAAACCAAAUGGCUAUCUGUGAUACUGUAGGUCCCUGGACUGCUCUAAUGAUCAUAAUUGAGUGAAAUUACAAACAAAUAAGCCUGAUCUAUGCUUACCAGCACAGCACAGUCAACUCUGCUGUCAUUCCUUUAAAUGGUGUUACUGGUUCUACAGCUCAUGUGCUUAGGAUUGAGCUCCUUUAAAGCACUUUAAAUUUAAAUUUUUCAUUUGCACUGUAUGUUCUAUUAACAAUUUUAAUGCUAAUCAUUAUUUUGUGCUGCACUCAUAUUUUAUAUUCUAUAGAGCUUUUUAUUUUCUUUCUCUCUUUCUAUUUUUCUGUACUUUGUUUUAUUUUUUAUUAUAAUUGGAUUCUUUUUUUUAACAGUAUGUUUUAAUGUUUCCAAUUUUUACUGUUCAAUGGUACUUUUUUUCUUUUUAUUAUAAUCAGGGUUUUUUUUUGUUUCCAAUUCUUACUGUUAAAUCAUCUGAUAUUUUGUUUUUAUGUAAAGCACAUUGAAUUGACCCUGUGUAUGAAAUGAGCUAUAUAUAGAAAGUUACCUUGACUUGCCUUACUGGUACUCCCAAUAAAAGACCUUAUGAAAAUCAA